UGACGGGGAGUUCUCUCGCGCCCCGGCCGGCCGGAGCCCCCGCCCUCCACCCAAGUCCGGCCCAGGGGCCAGAUCACAGGGAGAGACACACUCCGCCCGCGCGCCUGCCGGCCCCGCGCGCCUCUCACGGUCCUUGCUCCCAGCGCUCGCCCUCGUCCCCACUUCUCCGGCCCCGCCGAUCCCCCUCUUCCUCCUCGGGCGCCCGGCCUCGUGGAGCCCGUCCUGACCGGGUCACAAGGGCGGACGGCACAGCCCGGACUUCUCCCUGCCCUCCUUCCCCGAGGGCCCGCCGCGGCCGCGCCAGGCAGGAGCCGCGCAGAGAUGCUCUUGUGUCCUCUCGGGCGCCCGCAGUCCCCUCCACCUGCUCUCCUGGGAAGAGGACACGCCGAGGAGCAGCUCUCCAGCCCUGACCCGAGCAUGCAGGCUCCACCCCACAGCCUCCCAGCUGGGCUCAGCCUGGAUGACUUCAUCCCGGGCCACCUCCUGGCCCACGUAAGGUCACCCGCCCGGGGGACACGGGUGCCCGUGAUCCGGAAUGGUGGCUCCAACACCCUUAAUUUCCAGUUCCAUGACCCUGCGCCCAGGACCGUGUGCAAUGGGUACUUCCAACCGAGGAGAGAUGCUUCCAGACACCCAGACCCUGCUUGGUAUCAGACCUGGCCGGGCCCUGGGAGCCGGCCCCCUGGGAACCAGAAGACCCCUGCCUCCCAGCAUUCCCAGAAGUGGUCAGCUACAUGGACCAAGGACAGCAAACGGCGGGACAAGCGCUGGGUCAAGUAUGAGGGCGUCGGGCCCGUGGAUGAGAGCGGCAUGCCAAUUGCGCCCCGAUCUAGUGUUGACAGCCCCAGGGACUGGUACCGAAGAAUGUUCAAGCAGAUCCACUGCAAAAUGCCGGACCUACAGCUGGACUGGACCUUCGAGGAGGCACCCAAAGUGGAUUCUUCCUGUGCCACCUCUUCAGACUCAAGGCAUCCAGGGCCCCAGCAAAGACCACCUGUCAGGCCAAAUCAGAUGUCGCCUCUGAGCGGAAGAAGCUGGGAUGUCUCUGAAGAGUCUCUUAGAAGCACCUUCAGUUGCAGUCCUGGAGCACCCUCCUCCCUGCACCAGACCUCAAAGCAGGUGCUCAGACGCCAAGAGAAAGCGGACAAUGUCUGGACGGAAGAAUCCUGGAACCAGUUUCUGCAAGAACUAGAGACUGGGCAGAAGCCCAAGAAACCACUGGUAGACGACCCUGUUGAGAAGCCCUCCCAGCCCAUUGAGGUCCUGCUGGAGAGAGAGCUGGCCAAGCUGAGCGCCGAGCUGGACAAGGACCUGCGGGCAAUAGAGACUGGGCAGCCGUCCCCCAAGAAGGCGCCCCGACGCUCCCAGGAGCCGCGGCCCCCAGCGCGCCCGGCCUCCGCCUGGAGCUCCAGCUCCCCGAAUGCACUUUACCCGAGUUCCUCCCUGAGCCCCCACAGGAUGGCGGAUGGAGGAAGCCCCUUCCUAGGUCGGAGGGACUUUGUCUACCCUUCCUCAACUCGAGACCCUAGUGCCUCUGAUCCAGGGGGCAGUCCUGCCAGGAAGGAAGAGAAGAAGAGGAAGGCCGCCCGGCUCAAGUUUGACUUCCAGGCCCAGUCCCCUAAGGAACUGACUCUGAAGAAGGGUGACAUUGUCUACAUCCACAAGGAGGUGGACAAGAACUGGCUGGAGGGAGAGCACCAUGGCCGCCUGGGCAUCUUCCCCGCUAAUUACGUGGAGGUGCUGCCAGCUGAUGAGAUUCCCAAGCCCAUCAAGCCUCCAACCUACCAGGUGCUGGAGUAUGGAGAAGCCGUGGCCCAGUACAACUUCAAGGGGGAUCUGGAGGUGGAGCUUUCCUUCAGAAAAGGGGAGCGCAUCUGCCUGAUCCGCAAGGUGAAUGAGCACUGGUACGAGGGCCGUAUCUCGGGCACUGGGCGCCAGGGCAUCUUCCCCGCCAGCUACGUGCAGGUGACCCGGGAGCCCCGGGUCCGGCUCUGUGAUGACGGCCCCCAGCUCCCUGCAUCUCCCCGCCUGCCUACCGCCCGCCUGGUCCAUCACCCCAGCUCUCCUUUAACACCACGCAGCCCAGCUGACCCCACUGACUGGGGGGGCCAGACCUCCCCCCGCCGCACCGGCUUCUCCUUCCCUCCCCAGGAGUCCAGACCCCAGACCCAGAGUCUCAGCACCCCUGGGUCAGCUCUGUCCCAUCCUGGAGGCUCCAGCCAUCCCCUGGACCUGGGGACCUCGUCCUCUACCACCAGCGAGAUACACUGGACCCCGUGUCUCCAGGAGGACCCAGAAAUUUGGGACAUUCCCUGGAAAUUAUGUAGCCCCGGUGUGAGUGGUCUCCGUGGCAACUCAGAGCCCACCCAGGAUGGGGUGGUGAACAGAGCACUUAUGGGAGGGAGAGAGGACUCCCCCCUACACACACCCCUCCCCCAGGACCUGAGCUGCUGGCAUCUGCAGACAAGCCCAGCAGUCUUUCCUACAGAACCUCCCUUGAAGCCCCCUGGACUGAUUCCCACCCACGACUCACAAGCAUUCCUCUAACAGCCCUUUUAUUUCCUCCCCUUCCCCACUCCCCAAAUAUAGAGGUCUGCUUUGAAGUGGAGACUGUUUCAGGCCUUAUUGAGACCAGACCCCUGAGUCCCCCACCCCACUAUGGCGUUUCCGUUUAACAGAGACCGGCUCCCAGCUUUACCCCCAUGGGGUUCCUCUAACAAGAACCAGCUUCCUAACCUAAUAGAGACCAAAGGCCGCCUGUGCCUGGAGGGCUUUCUCCCUUGUCACUGCAGCUUGCUUGCCAUCCUCUUUGCCUUCCUGCCUCCAGCUGGGCCUGGGAGUUUGGUGGGGGAUGGACAUGACUCUUCCUUAGUAUUUGCUGCCUGGCAAGAGGUCUUGCCUGAAGGCUCCCUCUUCCCAAAGGCUGCCAAACCCUGCGCCUGGGCCGUGCUUAUCAUUCCGGCUGCCUUGGUGCCCAGGAAGAGCGGGGCUUCCGAGGACUGGCCUGUCCCAGAUGUAUUCCAGGGAAACGGGUAUGUGCUCUCCUCCUGCCAGCCCAGCGGCCCCCAAGUCCCCCCUGGAAGCAGAGAAUGUAAAAUAAAUCUGGGUACCAGGGA